AUGGCCAAGGACAGAUUGAGCACAGGAAAAACAAACCCUAGAGGAAUUCCGGAAGCAAUUUUCAUAAAAUCCAUCGAGGACUUUUUGAAUCCAAAGACAUCGACAAACGAUGACGUGAACAACUUUCUAAAAGAGCUCCAGAUGAGGAUACAGCAAUAUAAGUUUAUGGAAGAGAGUAAAAGCUCGACAUUGAAAGGACUGGAGACGAAAAUACCGGAUGUUUCAAAAACGUUGGAAUUUUGCAAGUUUCUUAAAGGAAAGCAUGAUAAACUGGUAGAAAAUGGUGGAGAGGAGAAGAUGGACGUGCACUACCAGCUCAAUGAUACCGUUUACUCAAAGGCAGAAAUAGACGUGAAGGAUGCAUCAUCUGUGCGAUUGUGGCUUGGAGCAAAUGUCAUGGUUGAAUAUCCAAUCGAUGAGGCUAUUGGAAUGCUUUCGAAAAGAUUACAAGAGACAAAAAAGAACAAGCAGGCAACUUUGGAGGACCUUGAAUACUUGCGGUCGAACAUCACUACGAUGGAGGUGAACACUGCCCGUGUUUACAACUGGGAUGUGCAAAGAAGGAGAAACGAGAAGAGUGAAAAAUAG